AUGGCGCCGGAGACUUCACUGAGUCGUGACUUCAACAUCUUCCGAAGAUGCGUCCAGUGCCCUUCGGAAGGACCGAGUUGUCCCACCUGCCCGAACGGCGAAACGUGUCAAUUGAUAUCGAAAACCUGCGACAACUGUGCGUACACAACAUGCAUCAAGGUUGGUGCACUACCUGGUCAAAUACCUGAGCCCAGCUCAAGCACGCCAGUGGCGCCGAUUGCGGGCGGUGUGGUGGGUGGUAUCGCAGGUCUCGCAGUGAUCGUUUUUGUUAUAUGGUGGUUCUGGCUUCGGCCCAAGAAGAAAGCAGGUAUCGUCUGGGCAGAUGAAAAGCGUGCUACGCUCCGCGACAAUCAGUCCACUGCGGCCUCCCGUCGGUCUGUCGCUUCGACAGUGAUGACGAGGGCUUCCAACGUCAUCCAGAUCGCAUACAUCCCGGGCGUGACUGUCCGGUCGCCGCCCGAAUCUCCUGGCUUUCCUCCACCCGUGCCACUAUUACCGGGCAGUGCUCCUGGCCCCAACGGGACUGUCAUUGGACCCGAACAACAUUUUUUCAUGCCUAGCGAUCUGCGAGGCUCUACAUACUCCGAUGCCACUACUGUCGACAAGCGUAUCAGUCUGUCACCCAGCUUAGCUCGAACUACUUUCUAUGGUGGCGAGACUGAGGAGGUCCCGCCCGUCCCGGCUCAGCAAGCGUUCCGCGCUCAAGCGAACAUGGUCAGUGUGAAGUCCGGCAACAACACUCCAGCACUAUCACAAGGCACUCCUCGCAUAGUCCAACAAAAGCCUAGCAUGGCAGGCAGCUCUAUAGUUGCCAAGACGGCGGUCGCGCGCCCUAUUGAAAUCAAGAAGCAGGGCUCUGCACCUCGCGUACCGACUCUGGCCAACCUUGCCAAGCAGCAAUCGUCGAAAGCCACGUCGAUCUCAGUAUCAGAGAAGAGUGUACCUUUGUACUUUGACGAGAAGGAGCUGGCAUCACCGAUUGAGAGCGAGAAAGAAGUGGUCUCACCCGAAGACUCUCACUUCGUGUCACCAAAACCGUCGUUUGCAACCAGCAAUCAUCGAUCAUCGUCUGUCAGCGGCAUCUCCCGUAUCAUGCCCACAGACGGUCCUCUCAGCAGCAGCAGCAACAACACACACCGCCAUAGCAAGAGCGAGGGCUUGAACGCCAUGAUCGAACAAGCCUUGAAGGAUGCAGCUGGGUCGGCAAUCAAGCGGCCCCAGCUCAAGAGCCAGGAAUCGAGUCCGUUUUCUGAUGCGCAUGAAAUUGACUCGAAGGAGAACACUCCGCAAUCAUGA